AUGCGGUCGUCGGGGGCCGCGGCCGUGGCGGCGGGCUCGCUGCCGUGGGGGGAGUCGCUGCAGGCCCCGCCGCCCCCCGCCGCCACCCCGCAGCCGCCCGCCACCCUCGCCCGCCUCCCCGAGCCGCUGCUGCGCCGCCUCGCGCAGGGCCUGGACCGAGCGCCCGAGGGCCGCGGCUGGCGGCGGCUGGCCGAGCUGGCGGCGACGCGGGGGCGCCUGCGACUCAGUGUUCUUGACUUGGAGCAGUGUUCUCUUAAGGUCCUGGAGCCAGAGGGCAGCCCAAGCCUAUGCCUGUUGAAGCUCAUGGGUGAGAAGGGGUGCACUGUGGCAGAACUGGGUGAAUUCCUGCACACCAUGGACCACACGGAAGUUCUUCAGCUUCUCACCCGCCCAGGACUAAAGAUUACUGUGAACCCAGAAUCAAAAGCAGUCUUGGCUGGACAGUUUGUGAAAUUAUGUUGCCGGGCAACUGGACAUCCUUUUGUGCAAUAUCAGUGGUUCAAAAUGAAUAAAGAGAUUCCCAAUGGAAAUGCAUCCGAACUUAUUUUUACUGCGGUGAAUGUAAAAGAUGCCGGCUAUUAUGUCUGCAGAGUUAAUAAUCAUUUUACCUUCGAAUUCAGCCAGUGGUCACAGCUGGAUGUCUAUGAGGCCACAGAAGUAACAGGAAACUUCGAAAGAAGUUGGGAUGGCGUCUCUGAUUCCAGGUUGCAAAUCUGUGUGGAACCAGAGUCCCAAAAGCUGGUGCCUGGCAGCCCCUUGCUGCUACAGUGUGUGGCUGUUGGGAGCCCCAUUCCUCACUACCAGUGGUUCAAAAAUGAGUUGCCAUUAACCCACGAGACCAAGAAGCUGUUCAUGGUGCCAUAUGCGGAUGUGGAGCAUCAGGGAACAUACUGGUGUCAUGUGUAUAAUGAUAGAGAGAGUCAAGAUAGCCGGAAGGUGGAAAUCACCAUAGGAAGAACAAACGAGGCAGUGGAGUGCACGGAAGAUGAAUUACAUAAUCUUGGGCAUCCUGAUAAUAAAGAACAAACAACUGAUCAGCCUUUGGCAAAGGACAAGGUUGCUCUUCUGAUAGGAAAUAUGAACUACCGGGAGCAUCCGAAGCUCAAAGCUCCUUUGGUAGAUGUGUAUGAACUGACCAACUUGUUAAGACAACUGGAUUUCAAAGUGGUAUCCCUCUUGGACUUAACUGAAAACGAGAUGUGCAAUGCUGUAAAUGAAUUUUUACUGCUUUUGGACAAAGGAGUCUAUGGAUUAUUAUAUUAUGCAGGACAUGGAUAUGAAAAUUUUGGCAACAGUUUUAUGGUCCCUAUUGAUGCUCCAAAUCCAUAUAGGUCUGAAAACUGUCUGUGUGUGCAAAAAAUACUGAAAUUUAUGCAAGAAAAGGAAACGGGACUCAACGUAUUCUUACUGGACAUGUGCAGGAAAAGAAAUGACUAUGAUGACACCAUUCCCAUCUUGGAUGCUCUCAAAGUCACUGCCAACAUUGUGUUUGGAUAUGCCACGUGUCAGGGAGCAGAGGCUUUUGAGAUUCAGCAUUCUGGACUGGCAAAUGGAAUCUUCAUGAAAUUUUUGAAAGACAGAUUGUUAGAAGACAAAAAGAUCACUGUGCUGCUGGAUGAAGUUGCAGAAGACAUGGGUAAGUGUCACCUGACCAAGGGCAAGCAGGCGCUGGAGAUCCGGAGCAGCCUGUCUGAGAAGCGAGCGCUCACCGACCCCAUCCAGGGCAGCGCCAGUUCUGCCGAGUCUCUGGUGCGGAACCUGCAGUGGGCCAAGGCGCAUGAACUUCCAGAAAGCAUGUGCAUGCAGUUCCAGUGUGGGGUACAGAUCCAGUUAGGAUUCGCCGCAGAGUUUUCCAAUGUCAUGAUCAUCUAUACAAGCAUAGUCUACAAGCCCCCGGACAUAGUCGAGUGUGACGCCUAUGUCACUGAUUUCCCACACGUCCUAUAUAUUGAUCCAAAAGACACAAAUAAAGGGACUCCUGAAGAAACUGGCAGCUACUUGGUAUCCAAAGAUCUCCCCAAACAUUGCCUCUACACCAGACUCAGCUCGCUGCAAAAACUGAAGGAACAUCUCAUCUUCACUGUGUGUUUGUCGUAUCAGUACUCGGGGUUGGAAGACACCGUAGAAGAGAAGCAGGAAGUGAACGUGGGGAAGCCUCUCAUCGCCAAGCUAGACAUCCACAGGGAUCUCUCUUCCUUCCAAACCUGCUUUACAUGUGGCGACCCCAGCUCGGCCUCCACGGUGGCAGGACGUUACCCCUCAUCACAGGAUCUCUUCUGUGGAUCUUACCAGUCACCUCUGGACAGUCCCAGCCACACGGCACCAGCAGAUGACAGCCACUGUAGCCGGACUGCAGGCAACUUUGCAUCCCGUCACCAGAGCCACCACUAUUCAUGUCCAUUUGGUAGAAGCAACGUGCCCGUGGAGACAACAGAUGAAAUCCCCUUCAGCUUCUCAGAGCAGCUUUGAGCUCCAAGAAAUGGCCUCCUUGCUUCUGAAUCUUCCCCAGUUCAUGCACCAAGUUCUCAUUUGAAGGGAAGUCCUGCCCAGGCAGCUGUGUGGCUCUGUCCUCUGUUGGGAGCCUCAAGAAUUCAACCGUUGAACCUCAGUUUUGUCACUCUUCAUCUCUCUCUUUGGACUCUGUGAAUGGGUAUAUUUGUGCUGCAAAAAUGAAGUGUGUUUGUGCGUGUGUGUCUGUGUAUGAGUGAACGUACUGAGAUGUGAUGAUUAUUUCAUCCUGACCACACUGGAGUUAAGAACUCUGGGAAAGUGAUGCUGUAGAGUAAGUCAACGUAUUUUAAGGACCAGGAAAAGGAACUGGGUGGUCACAGUACUCAGCCAUUUCCUCACUGAGAAACAGAGAGACAAGUGUUGGCAUCCUGUCCAAGAGAGUCAGCUGUAGACUGAGACCCCCACAUUCUCCUUCAGCACUGGAUCCCCUGCACCCUGACAGGCUCUGUAACAGGCAUUACUUUUUGUAGACAUGGAAAUGUGAG